UUGCGGGAGGCAUUCGCGUCCCCGCUCCCGCCGAGGAUACACUACUACUACUAUCUCAGGGUCAGCCGUUGAGGAGGGCAGCGGGGGUCCGAGGGAGGGGGGAAGAUGCACACGACGCAGAAGGACACCACCUACACCAAGAUCUUCGUCGGGGGUCUGCCGUACCACACCACCGACUCCAGCCUCCGCAAGUACUUCGAGGUCUUCGGGGAGAUCGAGGAAGCCGUGGUCAUCACCGACCGGCAGACGGGCAAGUCGCGGGGAUACGGCUUCGUGACGAUGGCUGACCGAGCUGCUGCUGAAAGGGCCUGCAAGGAUCCUAAUCCAAUCAUCGAUGGCAGAAAGGCAAAUGUGAACCUAGCAUACCUAGGAGCAAAACCAAGGAUAAUGCAGCCAGGUUUUGCCUUUGGUGUUCAGCAGCUCCAUCCAGCAUUAAUACAGAGGCCUUUUGGGAUCCCGGCUCACUAUGUCUAUCCACAGGCCUUUGUGCAACCAGGAGUAGUUAUUCCACAUGUCCAGCCUACAGCAGCUACUGCCUCCACCACACCUUACCUUGACUACACUGGAGCUGCCUAUGCUCAGUAUUCAGCUGCUGCCGCUGCCGCUGCCGCCGCUGCAGCCUAUGACCAGUAUCCCUAUGCAGCAUCUCCAGCUGCUGCAGGAUAUGUCACUGCUGGCGGUUAUGGCUAUGCAGUCCAGCAACCCAUCACUGCAGCAGCACCUGGGACGGCUGCAGCAGCUGCGGCUGCUUUUGGCCAAUACCAGCCACAACAGCUGCAAACAGAUCGUAUGCAAUAGCAAGUGGACCUGUGAAGAAAGUUUUUCUUUCUUAUUCUUUGUAGAUUUUCACCUUCCAGCCUUCCAAUAGAAAUAGUUUUAAAAGAGGCAAUUAACCAUAACUAAUCCAGCUUUACGGAAAGCUACAAUGCAAUAUAGUAUUAUAGAAAAAUACAAAUGCCACUGUUUUUGUUACAGUAUACAUCCAUCUCAUGAGUGGUAUUGUGGGGUGGGUAUUGUAAGAGUUCAUAAUAUCAGUCCAGCCAUCCUUCUAUCACGAAAGGAUGACAGAAGUAACAAAAAGGAGCUUAUAUCUUUAAAACACGUACACAGAGAGUGAGAGUAGACAAUGUAUUUUACAAUAUCAGGGAAAAAAGUCCAGGUGAGCAAUACGUAGCCUGUAUCAAGUUGAAGAUUACUAUUAUUUAAAUGUUGAGAGCACUGACUGUCUUUUGCUACUUUUCAUUAUGGCCUAUAGAACUUUGAAGAGUAAGAAAAUGUUUUCUGACGAUCUCAUAAUAGGCAUCGAACAAACUAAGGAACGUGGCCUUUGGGGGGAAAGGGUGGACAGGCACCAAAGUUAUUUUCUCAUCUGUCUUCUAUGAAUGGGACUAUGGAGCAAGUGGUGUGGAAUUAAUGUGUGCAACAGCUGUACAGACAAUCAAUAACACAGACCGUUCUGGAAAGAACACAUCACUUGUCCUCGUUUGAUGAGCUUGUCACAUUCUAAUCCCUCUCCCCAUCCUGUUUCACUUUUAGGAAACUUUGACUGCUGGUGUCAGCUAUUCUGAUUCUGAAAUAGGAUCAGCUUUUUACUACAACAGCCUUCUCUUUUUAUUUAUUGUAUCUAUUCAUGGCUUGCGAAUAAAGGCAGGAAGAAAUUUGCUGAAUUUAAACCUUUAAGAACUGUGGUAAGGGAAUUUUUUAAAAAUGAUUUGUAUACAAUUUAAUACCUAUUUAAAAUAUUUAUUUGCAAAAGAGGUCUUUUUCAUGAAAUAGCUUGUUGAGAUUGCAGUUCUUCAAGGGUUAAUACUAUGUGGGUUAUAUUGUGCCUUAAUGUAAUGCUAUUUAAAGAUAUAUAUUUAUUUUGAAAGUUGUACUAUGCUGCGCUCAAAAGAAAACAACAUUGGAUGUGAAACUGUAAAAUUAUGUAUUCAUCUCAUGGUAUAAGUUAUUUUGUAGGUUUAGUAGUAAUAUAUAAAAUAUUAACCUAAUCAACUAAGGAUGCUGACAUGAGUUUAUUUAAAUUCAGUAAGUACACCCUUUUGUAAGGGUGCUUUUAAAAUACUUUUUAAAAAGGGUUUGAUCUUAAAAAUGCUACUUUCAUGAUUUUCCCACUAUCUCCUUAACUGUUAAUCUGCUUUCAUGAAAGAAACCUGUAUUCAUUUUCAGAAGAACUUCCCUAAAAAAAGGGAAAUGGUAAAGGAUUGGGCCAUAAAACUCCACACACUUGCUCAGGAAUAAGGUCUGAUUAAUACGCUUCUGUUGUCUGUGCGGAACCACUUCUGUGUGGUCUGGUCACACACCUCACCAAUAAUGUCUGCAGUUGAGAACCCUAUGAAUCGGAUAUGUUAUGUGGGAAAUGACCACAUGAUUUGUCAGGUUUGUGUGGCUCCUAUUUAUAGGCAGCACUGGUACCACAUGGGACUCUAGCAACAGAAACAGUUCCUGUGCCACAACAGUAACAUUUAAUUGGGCCACUGAUCUUGAUGUGACUUCAUUCCAACCAGAUAUACAGAAGAUUGGGUCUGAUGUGCCAGUUUUAAUUUUGACACACACAGAAAUCACAUAAAAUUAUUAUGCGUUCACGGUAGAAUGUCAGUAUUUUCUCCUACCGCAAACGUGGCUAGUUUUUCAUUUUCAUCUCUGUAUAAACCAACUAUUAUUCCUUUGCUAGGAAACGCUGCUUUACAUUGUCCUGUGAAACUGCAAUAACUUGCAAUUUUUAUUCUUGACCUUAAAAGGAAUUUAAUAUUUUACACUAUUGGAAUCUUUUUAUACUUGAACAAUUUUCAUACAAGGGAAGACAGGAUAGCAUUUUUAUGGACUUUAUCCAAUGUCACUGGAUUUACUUUGAAUAUUAGCCAGUGUUAUAGAAGGUAGAUAACAUGAUUGACAUGUUAUUUAUUAUGUAUAUUGCUUUAUAAUGUUUCAAAUCUUCUAACCUAUACUCUUGUAUUAAAAAACAAUAAAAUAUUAUUGAAUCCAACACA